AUGUCUCUCUUCCACUCUUACAAACUGAAGCGCAGGAAAGUGGACGCCUUGUCGUCGAAGGACGUCCACAACAACCACAACAACGCCAUCCAACUCCACCUCAACGCCAUCGCAGACCACCCGACGGCCAAAGAGACGGCCGCCGCUCUCGUCCUGCUCUCCGCCGAACAGGUCGUGCGGCAGAAGAACAACAACAACGGGUCGGAGACGUCGUCGUCGUCGUGCGACGAGUGCCUCGACCUGUCGACGCGCGGCCAGCGGUCAGCGCCGCUCCUGAUGGGCGACAUUCCCGGUCAGGGCGACGGCCACAAGACGAUGGUGUGGACCAACGCGGGCCCCAACGGCCAGAGCGUCUCCAACUCGUCCAACAGCCCGUCGUCCACGUCGACGACGCCGCAGCCCGACAGUCAGUCCGCGACGCCGGCUGUCGUCCACUCGUCGUCGCUGUCGUCGUCAGUGCACGACAUCGUCGAGUGUCGCAACGCGUCGCGCGUGACGUCAGACCAACUGGUAAUCCAAACGCUGAGCCAAGAGAUGGAUUCGAAUCAACCGAUGAUUUGCAUGAUCUGCGAGGACAGGGCGACGGGUCUGCACUACGGCAUCAUCACUUGCGAGGGCUGCAAAGGCUUCUUCAAGCGCACGGUGCAGAACAAGCGCGUCUACACGUGCGUCGCCGACGGCCAGUGCGUCAUCACCAAACAGCAGCGCAAUCGCUGCCAAUACUGUCGCUUCCAGAAGUGUCUGCGGCAGGGAAUGGUUUUGGCCGCCGUCCGCGAGGACCGAAUGCCCGGCGGCCGCAAUUCGGGCGCCGUUUACAACCUCUACAAAGUCAAGUACAGGAAACACAAGAAACCAAUCAACGGCGCGACGCCGCAGACGACGGCGUCGUCUCUGGUCGUCGUCAACAACAAUCACAACACUAAUCACAUGUCGUCGUCGAACGCCGGCAUUCUCAAGACGGCGCUCACGUGUCCGCGCGAUAACAACGCGUACGUCAAUAGCGGCGGUCAGUCGCGCGCCCACAACGCGUACGCUCUGGCGGUCGUCAACAACGGCAACAGCGGACGACACUCGACGCCGUCGACGACCGCGUUGUCGGUCGUCGUCACGACGACCACGUCUUCGGCGCCUCCCAUCACGACUUCGAGUCCAAUAAUGCGUCAAAUGAAUGAUUUGAUGACAAGAGAACCGGUGAUGACUCACGAGGAGAGCGACCAACUGUUGAGCGCUCUCAUCGAAUGCGACGACUUCGCGGACUUUGGUUCGCUGUCGUCUCUGGAAAUGACGGAAACGACGACAACGUCGCCCAACGCGACCGAACUCUCGGACCGAUUGUGUUCAAUCGGCGACUCUAUUGUCUACCGUUUGGUUCAGUGGACAAAACGUCUCCCUUUUUAUGAUCAACUGCCGGUUCACGUGCACACACAGCUCCUGACGCACAAAUGGCACGAACUCCUGGUUCUGUCCACCUGUGCCUUCAACGCCAUUCAGACGACAGGAGGCGUCCAUCCGCACGACGGCGUCGUCGUUGGCGACACUCUGGAGGCGGAGAUCAACCAAUCGAUGAACAAUUUGGCGAAGAACUUGUCGCACCUGAACGCGUCGUCGACGUCGACCGUCAUCUCGUGGCAACAGCUGGAGUCGGAGGCCGGGAGUCUGGUGCAGGAGUUGUGUGCCGUGCGGUUCCAAUUCAAGGCCAUUUGUCUGACGCUGAAGGAGUUCGUGGCGUUGAAAGUGGUCGCCAUGACGACCAUUCAGCCCACGUGCGACUUCUUCGACACGAACGUCGUGCACAUCCGCGACAAAUACCUGAACGCUCUGAUCGCGCAUUUGUCCGAACGUCAGGAACGACAACAACACGACGCGACGCGCGGCGACACCGAAGCGACGCACUCGCGCAUGACGUCGCUCUUGAACUGUCUGAACCACGUGACCAACGCGGCCACACUGUUGCUGCAGUCGAAGAUGUUUUACGUGCCGUUUCUCAUGAAUAGUAAUUGUUCUCAAAACGGGUUUUCGGAACAAAAGUUGUGA